GAUAGCCCCAAACAUGACGGCUUAGCUCGCGCGAGCUCAGGAGUUCUGCGCCCGGACUUCACUAAUGGACCCGAGGAGGCUUCCUCUGCGGGACGGCCUGCGGUUCUGCGGUCUGCUGCUCGGUCUCGCACUGCAUUUAGGUCCAGUGUGUUGUAUAGAAGUUAAUGCUCCAGAGGAAAUUGAAGCGGUACGCGGAGAGACGGUCAUCCUGUCCUGCUCUUUCACUUCCACCAGUCGAACCACCGAACUCCUGUCCGUCAACUGGUCCUUUAGACCUCAGAGAGGAGGCCUGGCCCACAAUUUCUUUCACUUCUCUGCGAAGGCGUACCCCUCAUCAGACGAGCACUUUAAAGGCCGUGUGAAGUGGCAUGGUACUCCAUCAUUGGGGGAUGCAUCGAUCCAGCUCCUCAACGCCUCGCUCAACGAUAACGGCACGUACUCCUGCACCGUCCGCAACCCCCCCGACGUCCACGGCCCGUCCUCCCAGACCAUCCUAACCGUCACGCCCAAGAAGGUGGGUGUGCGUUUUUCUGAUGUGGCUGUGUUGUUGGUGUUUGUUAUCGUGCCGUCGGGGCUGAUCGCGCUGGUGCUGUUAGUGCGAAUCUUGUGUCCGUGCUGCUCGCCUGUGAAGAGGAGCUCUGGCCUCGGUCACCACUCGCCUAUAGAGGUCACUGAUGGGGAGGAGCAUGUCUACAAGCAGCCCAAGCAGAAAACUCCUACAUGCUGUGAACUAUAUUUGCUGGACUCAGAUGAUGAGGAGUACCAUCACCAUCAUCACGAGAAACAACACAUGGAGGCAAUAGCUGAGUCCCAGUGUUAGCUUCUGCUGGACUCUAGAUCGUCCUGUAGUGUGACGUUUGGGUAGGAGCCUGGAAAAGAAACUCCAACUGAAUCAAACUUACUAUAGACAAACUAGAGAUGUUAUGCAAACUUGAUAACCCCUAGGGAUGAACUUGAGAGGUUGAGGGUCUAUGUUUGGUUGUCUUAGUGAAAAAUCUAAUUUACAGCCCGCCCAUAAUCCUUCCCCUCACCAAACCCAAAAGAUAGUCGAUCGAUCGAGAUAUGUUUACUGCCUGAAAUUUGCUUCUUUAUUUUGGACUGGAGUUACGUGGCUGAUGCAAUAAGCCUACAAGUCUAAUGAUUUUGGAAGUGUAGUUACUUAGACUUCCAUUAAUUGGUUUAGCACAAAACUAAAGAAGCAAACUUCAAACACCAAACCUGAUCGACUACAUUUUGGGCAAAUUAGGUUGCUACCAAAGUCCUCUGAUGGCCAAAUCAGGAUGCAGGUCAUUCAGUGUUUGGUGAUAUCUUUGUAAUUGUAGUGCUACAGUUGUUUAGCAUGAUGUCCUUCAGUAAGCUCCACCAGCAAUGCUUCAAUGUGGAGUCAGGUCGAGGACCACCCUGAGGAGCUAAAUGUACGAUUUCCACCUUCUUCUAUGGGAAAUUUGCAUUAACUGUACCUUGACUGGCCUAUUUAAAAGAUACUUCCUUUGUCUCAGACCAUGUUCUGGAUUCACAAACGGAGUAAUUACAUGCUUAAUGGCAAUUCCCUGUUGAAAAUGUCUUUAGUGCAGAUGCCGUGUCAAACUACUGCUGAUUGACUCUCAGUUUCUGCCUCGCAUAUUAAAAUGAGACUAGAUUGCCACUCUUAAAAAUGAAA